UUGACUAAGUCGCGGUCUGGGCGCAGGUACCUUCUCCUGUAGUGAAUCGAGCGUUUGAAUCUUUUUUUCUCUGUUAGUCUGCACAAGCUUUCUUUCGUCACCUAAUUGGUUGUCUGUCGAAUGAUUUCGGAGGUGCGGUUCCGAAACAACAACAACGGUGAGCAUUAUCGUGACUAGAACCGAUCGUGCUGACAUUUCCAGAACCUUUGGCGCAGCCUUUAGCUAAACGCGUAGGGUUUUGUUGGCAAAAGAGAAAUCUUCGGCUCGCUGCUGCUGUUGAUGUUGCUGCUGUCGUCGCUAGGCCGCCACCACCAGCACCAGCCUUUCGCGAUUAGUUCCGUUGCAUACUGCAUUAUUGACACGUGUGUGAGUUGGUGUGUUUGUUAUUGCUGUAUUCCUUUUUCGAAGAAAGGUAUGUUUGUGCGGUGAUAUUUUCCUAGUGAGCUGAUGAUUGUUUGCAAGAGUUGCAGUGCAGUACAGUGCCGAAGAAGCUGCCAUUGAGCGGGAAAGAAAGGCGCGUUAGGCAACGUGGAUAGAGUGAGAAAGAGCCAGCGAAGUUAAAUUUGUGGUUUGAGUGAGACCUCUAGUGACACAUAUUUCGCAGAUGACGGGGUAUUUACCCGAGAGAUAGAUAGAUGAUACAUCGUCGAAUUCACUAGGUUUUUUUCUUACGAUUUUAAUGAAAAAUUGUGAAAGGUGAGACUCAAGUUGCACUUAAGAAUUUCAUUUUUGCUGCAAGCUACGGUCGAAAGAUAAACCGAGGAGUUGGGCACAUCGAAAGUUACGAUUCAUAGCACCGUUGAAAAUCCCUAAGGUAAUAAAUAAGCGCUAAUUGCACCGCUGAAAGAAGUUCUCCAUCUCUCGAAAGCCAUCUUUGUCGAGUCCAACCGUAGCAUUCCAGUAGUUGACCGAUAGUCAUUCACCUUUAGAACAUCCAAAGCCUGUAACCGGUUGCUCGUAUUCUAAGUGUUGCGCGACAAUCGCUUGCCGCGUGACAGCACUCAACCCGUAACGGAUAGCAAGUUUCGAGUCGAGCUGACAGUGUGCAACAAGCGAUGCUUCAUUGCUAAGCUCGCCUGGAUAUCACCUUCAAACGACAGACAGAAGAGAUCUGACCGUAUUCAGACUGCCCUCAGUGCCUGAAGAAAAAAAAAAUCCUCCUCUUAUUAACGAUGGGACUCCGCUUGGAGAUACUAUUCUGCGUGUUGAUAAACGGACUCCUUGUUCACUCGGCUGUGUACAUUUCCGGCAACGGUCCUGUGUACAACCCGAAUGGCAACGCCGGCGUUCAAGCUGUUGUUCCCACACAAGCGAACAAUCCGGGCUAUUUGGUUACCCAGACCGUGUACGGAUUUCUGGACUUCACCACCACCAUCGGUAACACGGUAAUGAUCUUCUCACCCCAGAGUGCGGCUGCAGCUAUAACUGAGCCACCCAAGACGACACCGGCACCCCCGCCGGUGAUCGAAACAUCCCCACCACCGACACCGUCGACUACGAGUGCUGUGGCACUUGCCGAGGAGAUUAAACCUAGCAAAACCGUUAUCCUUCCGGUUACUGCCAAGGAGAAGGUUAGCGUUGUGCAGGUGAUUGCCGAAACACCCAAACCGUUCAUCGUGAAACCGAACGUUCCUGUUAAGUUCGUCCAGAAAGCCAUCACUCCGGCCAAAGCGAAACCCGUCUCCAAGCCAAAGGCGAAAAUUGCCAUCGUGGAAGUUACACCAAUAAAAGCAGAACCUGAACCGGAGAUCGAGGAAAAGAAAUUAGAGGAACCAGUUAAAGUACAAGUGGUGAAACCUCAGGCACCUAUUAUCAAGGUUGUUGCCACCAAAGUGGAAGUAACAACGGAGAAAGAAAUUGUUACACCUGAACCCCAAGUUCAAGUCGUCCACGAGGAAGAGCCGGAAAAAGAAGACGAAGAAGAAACAGUUCAGGAAGAACGACAAGAGCCUGACUCCGAAGAAGAGCCAGAGGAGGUUGAAGAGACGAAAGUCGAAGAACCAACUGAAACGGAACAUGUAGAGGAGGAUACACAGAACGAAGACGAUGAACAACAAGAACAGCACGACGAAAAGGAAAAGGAAAUGGAAGAGGAAAAAGUAGAACUUCCGAAACCAAGAGAAACCGUUGAAGAGCCAACGAUUGAAGCCGAACAGAAGGAACAUUCGCCAAUUAUGUUCUCAGCUAUUUCGGAGGAAAAGGAAACAGCCCCCCAGGAGGCAACGGAACCAGAGGAAGAGGACGAAGAAGAAGAAGAUGAACCAGCACCGGUGUUGCAAAUCGGCAACAAUAUCGCCCCCGAACCCGAGUACGAUUUCCUUUCUCGACAGCCGUCCGAGUUUGUAGAAGAAACCUACCGGGUGGUGAAUCUGAAGCCAACCCCGACGACCAGCGCUGCGUCUACCGCCGCCCCUAAGGCAAAAGGCAAACGGGGACAAGGUAAUAAGAAUGCACGCCCCACGGGACUGGUCACGAAGCUCGGUGGAACCGUGGUCAAUGAUGGAGCCACGACGGUUCACGAGACGAGCGUAAUCGGCACCUACAUUUCAGGAAAAUAUGCCCAAGUCCUACAAAGCACUUCUCAUGUAUUUCAAGGUAACUCAGCAGCAGCCGCCGCCCCAGCCGAAGGUCAGCCAAGGCGGGCUCCGGGUCCCAAGGUGAGUCCCAGUUCGACGUUGCGCAUUUUGAAAACCGCCGCCCCGAACCCGAACAAAACGCCGCGUUACAAUCCGGAGGCGGCCGCGAUUGUCACCCCUUCGCCAUCGUCACAGCAUGUACUAGAGGAUACUGAGCUCCCGCUGGAGAAUCUCUUCGCCAACCAGCCAAGCUCCAGUCUGGUGCGACCGUCACGUCGCCUCAGCGGACCCGGAGUCAACCUUAACGGCGGAAACUUCAAGAAUCGGCUAAAGAACCGCAUCAGCAAGGAAGAAAGCAACGACCUGCAGGACCGGUCCGAUACGGAACCGGAACCGGUCGGUCCGCCGGUUGCUCCGACGGCCAGCUUUGGUAAUGGGAAGAAAACUAACCGCUACCGUAACACGCAAACCGUUAAGCCUAACCACGUCGGCAAGAACACUCGCUAUAACCGAUUCUCUACAUCUAGUGUGGAAGUGGCGACGGUGUCCGUUUUCAGUGAACCCUCCUCCACCACCCCUGCCUACGCAAACAGGCGUAACAAAGCUUCUCGUAACAGUUUCAAGCCUAGCCUUACCUACAGCAGCAUUCCGGCGGCGUCAUCGGCGUCGUACUCCUCCCAGCAGGAAGCCAAUCGGCGCUCGUUCAAGCCCAAUCUACGGCCAACACCGCCGGAAGGCGAAUCCAGCACCACCAGCACCAGUCUGUACAAGUUCAAGCUGAACCGUUCGCCUGGUCGCUGGCAGUACAAGAGUCCACCGAAACCGACCGUCAAUAUCCGAAAGCAAAGUCCGAAACCUAAGGACCCGGCAGAAAACCUAGCCACGGCUCCAGUGUAUGACAGUUCGGUUCAGAACAAUGACAUUUCGCAGAACCCAGAUCAUCAGGAGAAUAUCGAUAACGAUGCUGAUCUGGAUCAGUCUGGAUCGGUGAACGGAAAUGUCCUGAAUGAGGCGGAGAACGAUAACCAGAUCGAGCGACGCUAUCCCAUUGAGACGAUUAAGGUGGAAAUUUCGACACCGGCGGACUUCAAGGAUACGUACUACGAGAUCGCUACCAUUAAGUCACCCUACACUUUCCAGGUUGGCACAGUGAAAAACACUCGCUACAUUACCGUCACAUCAACCUUCGAGAAGACCCUGGAGCAGGAAACUGCCACCAUCACGCCAUCACUAACAGAACCACUAACGGAAAAUAUCCUCGCAACGACAACCCACCUGGACAAGGAGAGCAAUCUGCUAGAUUCAAGCAUUGCCACACUGCCACCAAUCACACUGACGGGUGAAACGGAAACUCCCCCACUGGAAACGCUAACGGAAACGUUCAGCACCACCCAGGAAAUGCUAAAAACGCACAUCCUCCCGGUGAUCCGGGACGGUACGGACACGACAAGCUAUACCCUAAUUCAAACAUAUCAUGUGACGCGACUGGUAACAGCCACGAAAACGCUACCACCCAUGGAACUCUAUCACUUUGUACCAUCGAAAACUCUGAACGAAUUCAACAGCCGCCUUGAUGAAGCCGGCUCGGAGUUGCACCUCGAGCUGGAGUUCGGUGACAAUAACGAAGACGACGACGACAAAUUAAGACUUCCAUCCGAUCUAGAUCUCUCGAACAUCGGUUCGGACUUCGAUUUAUCCGAAGUCGACAAAACCAACAUCCCGGUAAACAUUCGGCCGAAGAAGAAGGUCGCCAACCACAAGGAAGUCAACAAAGUCACCACGGAAGCUCCCGUGACCACACCUAGCUUAACACCCGAUCAGCUUCAACAGUUAGCCCUCCUGCGGCUACUAAACCCAGCCGCUGCUGCGCAAAUCCCAUCGGUGAUCACUUCUUCCAAGCCGGUGGUCAAACUGGAAACCGUCUACGAAUCGCACGUGCUUCCGAUCAUCAACGGGCAGAACACGAUUCUCAGCACCAUCUCGCGUCCCAUCGGAACCAUCACCAAGACUAACUACGAAGUCGUCACCACGACACUACCCGCCCUUCCGAUCCCACCGAUUCCCCAGUUGAAUCCAUUCCAGCAGCCCCAGGUAACGCUCCAGUCGACCCCGGUGGUCACGCAGACCGUCGUUACGGAGACGAACAGCAAGGUGCUGAAGUUGACCUUCGGAGCGAAAACCGCCUACACCACGCUGUACUCGACAACUGUCGUUCCAACGCAGCUGACCACCUACGUGACACAGUCGGUUCCGAUUCAACCUACGGCGGCUUUCCCAGGUUAUUUCCCGGCGCCGUAUGCUCCGUUCCCGUACGUGGGAUAAGUCGCGCAUUAGUUCAAGAUUUUUGACCUCCGAAGCCGAAGCUGAAAAGCUGUUGGACUUAUCAAUUCACCAUCCCACCAGCAGUGCUGAACAUCACCUUUAACAACAUAUCACUCCAAUGCGAGAAAAACCCUUUAAUCCGCUCUCUACCAAGAAGCAUCCCCCGAACGAAUCAUUUUUUUAAUGAAUUUUGUAAAUAAUUUAACGAAUAGGAUUACCCGCAAUUUGAAUAACGUAAUUUUUCCACCCAUUUUCCGUUAACCCCCUCGCCGCCUCCGCCAAAAUUAAUCACUCCCCCAUCCAACGCGCGACAUCGAGCUGAUAAUGCUCGCCACAUAAUUCCGCUUCAUUGACUUCCGAACCGGCUCGCGGCCAAUUCAUCCGAUUCAAUCAGCGCCCGGCGAGCUUUGAAGUUAGCAAGUUAUUGCCAAUUUGAAUGCGCGCAAGCCAGCGGCAAAAUUGAUUGCUUUUUCCGCUCUGUUGUAAAUAAUGCAUCACUUUUCAUAAUCUACUCUGAACCAGAUCGGUUUGAUUAUUCUUGCCUAACUUUUUUUUUUAAUUAUGUUACUGCAGGUAGGUUAAAUUGACGUUUAUUUUGUGUCCUUCUUCAUCUCGUUUGAAUUUAAUUUUCGGAGCACAACAGAUUGUUCGAAACCGUGUUCGCAAUACUCAAAUCGUCCGUAAGAUUAGAGUUUAGUAUUUGCCCUCUAACCGCAGUAGUUUUAGUGUAGCUUUAAGAAAACAUUGGGUGUACUGUACUCGAAUAAUGUUCCAAUCUUCACUAUCCUACAAUUUACCUCUCUAGAUGCUUUCACUGUACUUUUUCCCUGUUGUAAAUAUUUGCUUCGUUUCGUGUAAUUUGUAAUUUUAUACUGUUAGCUUAGGAAUUGAUGCGAAGAAAAGAUUUAUGUGCUUUUUGGUUUUAAUCAAAAAUUAUAAAAGUCUGGUUUAAAAUAAAUUGUUUUUAAAUA